GUUCAGAAUCAGGCCCUCCGGAUGGCGGGUUUCGGGCCUGGGGGACUGUUUUUGGGUGUUUCCUCAUGCAAUUUUGUACUUUUGGAUACGUAUCGUCUUUUGGAGUUUAUCAAGAUUAUUACACACGAAUGUAUCUGACCAAUCAUCCACCAUCUGCAAUAUCAUGGAUUGGGGCAUUGACCUCGUUCCUCAUAAUCAAUGUCACGUUGAUCUCAGGUCCGCUGUACGACCGAGGGUGGUUCUAUCGAUUGAUGAUUGUGGGGUCGCUGCUCCAAUCAGUGUCCUUGUUCGCUCUGUCCUUCGCAAAGCCUGGUCAGUUUUACUUGAUUUUCAUGGUUCAAGGUGUCCUUUCUGGGAUUGGGAUGGGCCUAACGUACAGUCCCAGUCUCGCGGUUGUCUCUCAGCACUUCUCCAAAAGACGCACGCUGGUGGUGUCUCUCGUCGCGUCCGGUUCACCACUGGGUGCCAUGAUUCAUCCGAUCAUGCUGAAUGACCUUUUGAAUGGUACUGUUGGCUUUGCAAGAGGUGUUCGCGCCAGUGCGGGUUUUGUCAGUGCUUUGUUAUUGAUCGCCUGUUUAUGUAUGCGUACAAGAGAACUGUCAGUACCAACUGUCAGUUAUACGGUAGUGGCGCGAAAAUGCUCUCGCGAGGUUCUCUUCAUCCUCAUGACCGUUGGGUCAACACUAUUUCAGAUCGGGUUUUACUUCCCCCUGUUUUACUUGCAACUAGACUCUACCAAACAUGGCAUUGACACCAAAUUCUCGUUCUACUCCCUUGUGAUAAUGAAUGCAGCCUGUUUUGUCGGACGCUGCAUGACAGGAAUAAUUGCGGCGUAUACGGGGGUGUUGAACCUCACGAUCGCAUCCACCGUCGCAUGCAGUGCUGUCAUAAUAUCCAUGAUAGCUUUGAGUGACAUGGCCAGCGUGGUUAUGUUAGGACUUGCAUAUGGGUACUUUUCUGGUGUUUACAUCGCGCUGAUAGUCCCAUUGGUGACUGAGCUCACGCCCAAUUUGUCCGAGCUAGGAGCGCGAAUGGGCAUAUGUUUUGCCUUCACUGGUAUGUAUCAUCUAGCUCUGUCUCGGAACUCCUGACAAUGCGCGAAUGAUCAGCUUUUGCUGGAUUACUCGGUGGCCCAAUAUCAGGCGCUUUGCUUGGUUCUCAAUAUAGGUGGUGGAUAGCGUCGCUUUUCAGUGGG